AUGCUUAAAAAUCUUCAGGGGUCCCUACACCCACCUGGAAACAGCUUGGACUUGCUUGCAGAGCCUGGUGAGAUCGUCUCGCCAUUGGGAGCCAUGAUUUUCAACAAAGACAUUGCCCGCGGUAGCAGCAGUGACUCCAAGCCAGACCUUGGCAUCAUUGGUAGCAGUGUUUACACUAGCGAGCUUUGGGCGAUGGCAUGUAAUUAUGCCGCCAGCCAUGUCGGCGUUGACGCUCAUCCCCCGUGGUCUCCGAACUCUGAUUACACCAUGAUCAAUUUCCGACACUGCGAGCAUGAGAGUCUCAUGCCACUGAGGUUCCGGCUUCAUGCAAGUCGCUUCCAAGACCACCCCCCGCCGAACUUCAGGCUCAUCGUGACUACUGGAGCCCAUGGCUAUUCUUCCAGUUGGUUUGGCAUGCUGUUCCUUGUUUACUUAACCAUCCAUUUCUGUUGUCUAUGCGGCUUCGGAACUUCCGAAGGACAAUGCCUCAGUCAUUCCUCCGCAAUUCUUUCGAGCAGCUGA